UUGGGGGCGCUUUACACAGGAAUUUAACGGCACAUUUUGCGAUCCCUGAAAUAUUGGGCAUGAGCCAUACUCAUGGCCACAAGUGAAUUAUAAGUUGUAUGGGCCAAAGGGGUGAUCGAUUCAUUUAAGCUUUCAGUCGGUACUUUAUUGGAUUGGAAUUCAGUUAAGUCUUUAUAGAGGCUCACGAUUUUUAUUCUCUUUUAGUAAAAUUAUACACAUCUAUCAUGGCCGAUCCUGAUGCACCUGCCUGGAUGCUCGACGAUGACGUCGCAGACUUAUCUGCUGAUGUCGGUGGUGAUGAAGAAGUCGUCGAAGAGGAUACUACGCCGGCCAAACCAGUUGAAGCGCCUAAACCACCAGCCGAAUGGAGGAAAACUUAUAAGCUCGCUAUCGAGGAAAAAGACAGGCGCAAGGUUUUCAGACACUGGGCCCGACCGACCAGGCUGCAGUACAACAUUUUGUACGACUACCAGCAUAAUUACUACGACGACUACAUAACGUACAUGAACAGGCGACAGAGGGGACUGUACGACCCGGUCCCUGUGCCGCAGACGUGGGAGGAACGUGUGCUGAGGACAUGCACCAAAGACGGCCGCCGUCUGUCGUCGUCUGACUUCCCGCUGGUCAAGUCCAAGCUCAACGACUACAUGGUAAUACCGUCCAUUUGCCGGGCAGACCACGACAAGCAUUAUUACUACAGACAGUACUACGACCAGCUCAUCGGUACACCUUGGGUUACGUUGUCAACAUUAGGUCGUCAUCCUAAUAUGUUGGAUGUACCACGGCCAUCUAUUAAAGACCGAUUGCAUGCUCAAAAUAUCUAAAUUUAUCAUUUUGAAUGUUGCAGACAAAUUAGACUUACAACAAACUCUGCUGUACAAUAUACAUACUUUGUAUUAUAGAACCAUCAAUCAAUAAAACUGAAUUUAUACGUCAUUUU